AUGAAGCCCUCAGCAGGCACGAAGCCCUCAGCAGGCAUGAAGCCCUCAGCAGGCAUGAAGCCCUCAGCAGGCAUGAAGCCCUCAGCAGGCAUGAAGCUCUCAGCAGGCAUGAAGCCCUCAGCAGGCAUGAAGCCCUCAGCAGGCAUAAAGCCCUCAGCAGGCAUGAAGCCCUCAGCAGGCAUGAAGCCCUCAGCAGGUAUGAAGCCCUCAGCAGGCAUGAAGCUCUCAGCAGGCAUGAAGCCCUCAGCAGGCAUGAAGCUCUCAGCAGGCAUGAAGCCCUCAGCAGGCAUGAAGCCCUCAGCAGGCAUGAAGCCCUCAGCAGGCACAAAGCCCCUCAGCAGGCAUGAAGCCCCUAAGCAGGCAGGAAGUCCUCAGCAGGCAGGAAGCCCUCAGCAGGCAGGAAGCCCUCAGCAGGCAUGA